GUUACGUAAAUUUGCAUUUAAUCGUUAACAUCGCUUAUCACAUGAUAAAGAUACACCUGUAUUUACAGAGCAAUCGAAUGUUUCAAUGGAUAGACAUUUCGUAAUCACCAUGCAUCUUUUCGCUCGCAGUUAUUUAAUCACAAAGUAUUGUUUUCCGCUUUCUGGAAGUAAUGUAGUAAUUGUCGUGUGCAACGUUAUCGGGUGUUGUGGAAAGAUUUCAUAUCAAUAUCGCCCGGUCAUAAUUGAAGAAAAUGAUAAGUAUUAAUCAGUCGCUUUUUAGCGCUUAUUUAACGUACUUUGGGAACUAAACGAUCGUUUCCUAUUCUACAUUUAAAAGGAGAAGCCGAUCAUGAUUAUACUAAAUAUAUUAUUAAUUUUGUGUUCGGUCCAUCCCUUCGUCAAUGGGGUAGAGUUCCGCGGGUUUUUUCAUAAAGGUUUAGAGGAUCCAGAGCCGUUCGCAAGUGCAGCCAACACUGUAAUCGAGGGUUGGAUCACCCAACCACUCGACCAUUUCAAUCAUCGCGAUAAUCGCACUUGGUCGAUGCGUUAUAAAGAAAACUCCGCGUUUCUGAAGAAAAACGGUCCUAUCUUGAUCAUAAUUGGUGGAGAAUGGGAGAUAACAGAUGGAUUUUUGCAAGGUGGAUUAAUGUACGAACUCGGAAUGAAAUACGGUGCUUUAAUGUAUUAUACCGAACAUCGAUUUUACGGAGAGAGCAGACCAACAGAGGAUACUAGCGCAGAGAGUCUGCAAUAUUUGAACGUCGAUCAGGCGCUUGCUGAUCUUGCUUAUUUCAUCGAAACGAAGAAGAAAGAGAAGAAUUUGGAAAAGAGCACUGUAAUAGUAUUCGGUGGUUCUUAUGCUGGAAACAUGGCAGCGUGGGCACGCCUCAAAUACCCUCAUCUUAUUCAAGGCGCCUUAGCCAGCAGCGCACCGGUACAGGCAAAAGCAGAUUUCUAUGAAUAUUACGAGGUCGUAACAAGAUCGCUCGGUAGAUAUAGUAAAAAUUGUGUCGAGAGUAUAAGAACUGCAUUCGCAACGGUGGAGAAUUUAUUAUCCACGCAAAACGGUCCUAGUGAGCUUAAACGUAUCUUCAACUUGUGUAACGUGCCCGAUGUAAAAUCUCCAAAUGAUAUUGGUUAUUUAAUGAAUUCGCUGACGGGGAUAUUCGCCGGAACCGUUCAAACUGACAGGAUCGAGAACGGUCGAAGUAGGAUCGCAGCAUUAUGUGAUAGAAUGACAGCAAAAUAUUUAGGCAGCCCUGUGCAAAGACUCGCACGCCUCGUCUCCAAUCAAUAUGAAUGUCUCGAUAUAAAUUACAAUAAUUACAUAAAGUAUUACCAAAAGACUUCAUGGAACUCGCCGGGAGCUGAGAGUAUGAUGAGGCAGUGGUAUCAUCAGACCUGCACAGAAUAUGGUUACUAUCAAACGACAUACUCAGAAAAGAAAUCUAUCUUUGGAACGUGCCCAUUAAGUUAUUAUAUCAAUAUGUGCAUUGACUUAUACGGUGAUUAUAACGAUAAAAACAUAUUGGAUUCACGAGUGAAAAGAACGAAUUUGAUGUACGGGGGAUGGUUACCGGCUUUACGAAACGUCAUUUUCACGAAUGGCGAUAUCGACCCGUGGCAUUCACUGUCAGUGCUUAAAGAUCUAAAUGCUUAUUCUCCCGCUAUUGUCAUUAAAGGAGCUUCCCACUGUCGCGAUUUGUAUAGCGACGUAGCCACGGACUCGGCUGAUUUGAAAAAUGCUAGAGCAAGAAUUCGCAGAAUAAUCGGCAAAUGGCUUUCCUCGGGAAUAAGGGGAUAAGGAAAUCACAGAAGUCCGUUUCUGUUGAAUUUUCUACGAAUACACUCGUUGCUGGAUUUUAGGACAGGAAAUAUACAAUAAAAUUAUAUGUUUCUUGCCGUUUUAAUUGUGAACCAUUAACAAAAAGAUUAUGUACAACACUUGCUAUAUAAUGCGAUAGAUGGUGCAACAUCUAGAUAGUAUAUAUAUCGAUUGUACUGCGUAUUGUAAUUUAGAUAAAGAUACAAAAAUAAAGUUACAUCCUCUUGAUACC